GUUCCGGGGGGAGGUCGCUCUCUGGGCGGCGCUGAGCUCCGGAAGGGAGCCGCUCUCCAAUCAGGGGCCGGAGCUCAAAGGCAGCGUCACCGGAGCCGGUCCGAGGGUUUAAGAGCAGCUGCGGGUACCGAUCACUUGAUUCUUCUUUUCCUCACCGAACGAGAAAUAUGGCUCGAACCAAGCAGACUGCCCGUAAGUCCACCGGAGGGAAGGCCCCAAGGAAGCAGCUGGCCACCAAGGCGGCCCGUAAGAGCGCCCCGGCCACCGGCGGUGUGAAGAAGCCUCACCGCUACCGGCCCGGGACCGUGGCACUGCGGGAGAUCCGCCGCUACCAGAAGUCCACCGAGCUGCUGAUCCGCAAGCUGCCCUUCCAGCGCCUGGUGAGAGAAAUCGCUCAGGACUUCAAGACCGACCUGCGCUUCCAAAGCUCCGCCGUCAUGGCUCUGCAGGAGGCCAGCGAGGCUUAUCUGGUCGGCCUGUUCGAGGACACCAACCUGUGCGCCAUCCACGCCAAGAGGGUCACCAUCAUGCCCAAGGACAUCCAGCUGGCCCGGCGCAUCCGCGGGGAGAGAGCCUAACUUGCCCGAUCUCCACCCACCACACAACGGCUCUUUUAAGAGCCACUCACCCGCAGAAAAGAGUCAAAUUCCAGCUGCACCACUUCCUCGUGUCAUGAUUAAUCUGGAGCUCAAACAUGUUCUUGAACACUUCAACUCAAACAUCCCAGAAAAAGAGAUUUGAUCUGUUACUGUUGAUUCAAUGUUCAUCUCACUGGUGGAGGACACGUAGCUGUUCGUUUAACCUGAAGCUUUAACAAUUUACAAACUAGAUAGAUUUCUCAUAUAUGUAGUAUUGGUUAUUUAAAGGUCGAGGCUCAGACCAGAAAUGAAACUAAUUUCUUUCCUUUUUCUAAAGGGACUGUUCAAGCUGUCCAGCAGGUUGAGGAGCAGUGAGGGGAGAAGUUCUAUCAGGAAAACCAACAGGGUCAUUAUAUAACCCCACAGAUAUUAAUUUAGUGUAUUCAUGUAAACAGAUUGUAUGAGAAGUGGAGAUUAUU